UGGUAGCGCUCGGGCGCCAUGUUAGGACGAAGGGGAAGGAGGAGAAGCGCUUAAAGCGGCGGGAGCGGGUGCGGGAGUGGGGUUGCUCCCAGGGCUGAGGCAGGCGCCCCCCCCUCCCUCCCGCCUCAGUGGAUCAUGCCCAGGGCGGCAGCGGCGGCGGUUGCGGGGGGGAAGUGACUGGGCGGUGCCGGCGCAGGAGACGAUGCCGUUCAGAGUAGAGGCCUAAAUCGUGAGACUGCAUUUCUUCCAUUUUUGAAGAUUCAAGGUUCCCCGGACCAGGGAUUGAACCGGCAUACCCUGCAUUGCAAGACGGAUUCUUAACUACUGGACCACCUGGGAUGUACCCAUUAAGUGUUACUGUGAUUUAUCUGAUUACUUCUAAAGAAGAAUAUCAAUCCAGUUACAACGCAGGGAUCACAGCAAACACAGCCGCCACAGAAGCACUAUGGCAUUACCUCUCCCAUCAGCUUAGCAGCCCCCAAGGAGACUGACUGCCUACUUACCCAGAAACUAAUUGAGACUCUGAAGCCUUUUGGCGUUUUUGAAGAGGAAGAGGAACUGCAGCGCAGGAUUUUAAUUUUGGGAAAAUUAAAUAACCUGGUAAAAGAGUGGAUACGAGAAAUCAGUGAAAUCAAGAAUCUUCCACAAUCUGUAAUUGAAAAUGUUGGUGGAAAAAUAUUUACAUUUGGAUCUUAUAGAUUAGGAGUUCAUACAAAAGGUGCCGAUAUUGACGCGCUGUGUGUUGCACCAAGACAUGUUGAUCGGAGUGACUUUUUCACCUCGUUCUAUGAUAAGUUGAAAUUACAGGAAGAAGUAAAAGAUUUAAGAGCUGUUGAAGAGGCAUUUGUACCAGUUAUCAAACUGUGUUUUGAUGGGAUAGAGAUUGAUAUUUUGUUUGCAAGAUUAGCACUGCAGACUAUUCCAGAAGACUUGGACUUAAGAGAUGACAGUCUGCUUAAAAAUUUAGAUAUAAGAUGCAUAAGAAGUCUUAACGGUUGCAGGGUAACCGAUGAAAUUUUACAUCUAGUACCAAACAUUGACAACUUCAGGUUAACCCUGAGAGCUAUCAAACUGUGGGCCAAACGCCACAACAUCUAUUCCAAUAUAUUAGGUUUCCUCGGUGGUGUUUCCUGGGCUAUGCUAGUAGCAAGAACUUGCCAGCUUUAUCCAAAUGCAAUAGCAUCAACUCUUGUACAUAAAUUUUUCUUGGUAUUUUCUAAAUGGGAAUGGCCAAAUCCAGUCCUAUUGAAACAGCCUGAAGAAUGCAAUCUUAAUUUGCCUGUAUGGGACCCAAGGGUAAACCCCAGUGAUAGGUACCAUCUUAUGCCUAUAAUUACACCAGCAUACCCACAACAGAACUCCACGUACAAUGUGUCCGUUUCAACACGGAUGGUCAUGGUUGAGGAGUUUAAACAAGGUCUUGCUAUCACAGAUGAAAUUUUGCUGAGUAAGGCAGAGUGGUCCAAACUUUUUGAAGCUCCAAACUUCUUUCAAAAGUACAAGCAUUAUAUUGUACUUCUAGCAAGUGCACCAACUGAAAAACAACGCCUAGAAUGGGUGGGCUUGGUGGAAUCAAAAAUCCGAAUCCUGGUUGGAAGUUUGGAGAAGAAUGAAUUUAUUACACUGGCUCAUGUGAAUCCCCAGUCAUUUCCAGCACCCAAAGAAAAUCCUGACAAGGAAGAAUUUCGCACGAUGUGGGUGAUUGGGUUAGUGUUUAAAAAAACAGAAAACUCUGAAAACCUCAGUGUUGAUCUCACCUACGAUAUUCAGUCUUUCACAGAUACAGUUUAUAGGCAAGCAAUAAACAGCAAGAUGUUUGAGGUGGACAUGAAAAUUGCUGCAAUGCAUGUAAGGAGAAAGCAACUCCAUCAACUACUGCCUAAUCAUGUGCUUCAGAAAAAGAAAAAGCAUUCAACAGAAGGUGUCAGGUUGACACCUCUGAAUGACAGCAGCCUCGACUUGUCUAUGGACAGUGAUAACAGCAUGUCUGUGCCUUCACCUACCAGUGCUAUGAAGACCAGUCCAUUGAACAGUUCUGGCAGCUCUCAGGGCAGGAACAGUCCUGCUCCAGCUGUAACAGCAGCAUCUGUGACCAACAUACAGGCUACUGAAGUUUCUGUGCCACAAGUAAAUUCCAGUGAAAGCUCAGGGGGUACAUCGAGUGAAAGCAUUCCUCAAACUGCCACACAACCAGCCAUUUCAUCACCACCAAAGCCUACGGUCUCCAGAGUUGUUUCUUCAACACGUCUGGUAAACCCACCACCAAGACCUUCAGGAAAUGCAGCAACAAAGACACCUAAUCCUAUAGUAGGAGUCAAGAGGACAUCCUCACCUCAUAAAGAGGAGAGUCCCAAGAAAACCAGAACAGAAGAGGAUGAGACAAGUGACGAUGCUAACUGUCUUGCUUUGAGUGGACGUGAUAAAACAGAAACAAAGGAACAACUUGAUACAGAGACAAGUACAACUCAAUCAGAAACCAUUCAGACAGCGGCUUCCCUGUUGGCCUCUCAGAAAACAUCCAGUACAGACCUUUCUGAUAUCCCUGCUCUCCCUGCAAAUCCUAUUCCUGUUAUCAAGAAUUCAAUAAAACUGAGAUUGAAUCGGUAAAAACAACCUCAGGGGUCCAUAAACAAUAUCUGCCAACUCAACCUGUUGUCUUCAAAUGCUCAAAAAGGAGAAUGGAGGGUACAAGACUAGACAUGACUGAAAAUGGAUUUAGGUUUUUUUUGUGACCUCCCUCACUGGGCUAAUCAGCACUUGAUCGGAAGUCCAGGUUAGUAUGUGAAGCCAGGAGUACUAUUAUUAUUGUGUUAGCAACAGUUGCAUUAACUAUUUCAAAAAAUUACUGCCUAAAAAAAAAAAAAAAACCUCAAGCUGUAUUCGUAUUCAUAAUUGACAUCUGGACUGGGUUUAUGUUUGCUGCAUUGUUUGGAAAACUUGCAAUACAAACUGGCAUAAGAAUUCCUUGUUGUGAUGAUGCACUUUUAUGUAUUUUUUUUUUUUUUUAUUAGAAAGUAGAACUAAUUUUAGAUUUUCAGCUUGAUGGGUUUUCAUUUUUUUCCUGAAGAAUUUCCUUUAUCAUCAGUCUUCAAAUUGGAUGCCAUUGUGCAGUGGUGUACUGUUAUACUUCAGAGAAAGGAUAAGAGUACUUUAUCCUUUAGUGCUGAACAUCUAGUUCAGUCCCUAUGAGGUAGCUGUAACCUUUAAAAAUGAAAUGUCAACUCUAGGGUAUAUAUUUGACAUUGAAAGAAUAAUUAGGAGAUACUUCAUUUUGAUGGGGUCAUGAUUAAGAAAUGCUAUAUUGGUUUUAUUUAUAGAAUUGUUUAGAGUGCAUACCAAUCAGUGAUCAGCCAACGAAUCUUUUUCUUUGAGCUUGUUAAAGCUCCAUAUUCUUUUGCCUUCAAUAUCUUGUCUUUGAAACAAAGGUUUCGCUCCCUCCCCGUUCUUUUUCUUUUCCCCUUUUUGCUUGUAUGCAUAAGGUAGGACUUCUUUCAUAAAAAAACAAAAUGCCAGUAUUUUCUUAAGCCAUGGUGUGAAACCAGUGACCCUGUGGCCACAUGGCACAGAACACUAAAUUUUGGUCCCAUGGCUGAAAUUUUAGGGUGACUAAAAAUCAUGCCUGUGAAACAUGAUAUCUGUCUUGGACGGCCAUUUGAUCUCUAAAUAUGAGGAAUUUUGUACACUCCACAGAACUCCUGUCUAUGGUAAAGUUGAUUUUCAAUUUUAAACGUGGGCAAAAAGGCAUUUUCUCCAAGAAUUUUAAACAAAUUUUUAUUUUUAAAUGGUUGAUCAAAAUUUGUCAGUAAGUUUUACAUGUAGAAACAUUUAAAAAUCAUUUCUAGCAAGCACUUGACAUCUAGUCAGCUCUCUACUCCUUUUUUCGUUUUGUUUUAUCCUAUCAGUAAAUAAUUCCACAUAAUUAAGCAGCAGAGCAUUCAUCUUUACAGAAUAUGAGGGAUGCCAGAUGUUGAUAAGCUUAGUUAUUCUUUCUUAAUCUGGACAAAGCAAACCUAACAGAUUUUUCUGAUGAGCAUGUUUUAUGAAUCCUCCAUUGUGCUCCAUUCUAUCACACGUGCAUUUUUCAUGUUAAACUGCAAUUACUUAAACUCUCCCCCUAUCCUUCUAAAUUAAUUUUCCGAAGUUGGAGUGUAGUCUUUUCCCCCUUAGGCUGUGCAUUAAUUGAGGCUUUCUUUUCACCAUACUUUGUAAUGUCUAGUAUACAGUAUUUCUACUUCCCACAUCUUUGCUCUGCACAGUCACCUUGCCCUUCCUCCUACCACCUAAGAAGAAAAGAUGGUCAGACUAACAGGUGAAGUCUACAAGGUGUCUGUGUGUUCUGUGUAGCUUCAGAGUUAGAUUGAAAUUGCCAGGCACAGAUUUAGUCUUGUCAUUUUGUUUACACGUUGGGGAAAAAGAAUUCAGUUUAUUAAAUGUUUCAUGUAACUGCACCCAAGUUUUGCCAAGCUGGGAACUUGGACCUUUUCUGUGUAGUGACUUUUUAAUUCUAGUUUUCAUAACUUGGAGAUCAGACUGUUGCUUUCGCAUGAUGUACGUAGUGUCUCAUGACUGGAGUUUGCUUUGUUUUAUAGUAUCUGUACUCCUUGUAUUUUUCAAGAGCUAUUUUGUAAACAGAUGAUGUAUUUCUCCAUUGAAAACACAAUAAAAAAAAAAAAACAGCACAAUCCCACAGUUGGCUGGUUUCU